UCGCCCAGUUAGAUAGGAUCUUAAUUGAAGAAGAGUCGUUUUGUUUUGGUUGCUUCAUCCAAAUCAAACAGAAAAGAUAACAAAUUACAGAAGGAGAUAAGUUUGAUUUUACUACUUAAUAGAAAGGAGAACGGAGACCAGCUUCCGGUCAAUGUGAUUUUACAAAAAAACCAUAAAACUCUACCUUAUUCCUGUUUUGCCCUUAUUCCUUCAUAUAGCAGUGGCUGAAAAAUUAGGAAAAAGCCCUAAGCUCUCCAACUGUUACAAAAAAAGAUACACGCUUUUCUUUCUAGCUUUGACGCGUGCUUGUUUAGUAAAUUUUACCGCGACUGUGCUGUUCUUUGUAGGUUCAUCUUCAUUUUCAUCUUCAUAGAUAGAAUGGUUUUUACAGAUUCCUUGAGUAUCAUAUGACCCUCGGAGUCGCACAAUUUUAUUCAUUAGCCUACCAAAGCAAGAGUUUCUCUAUAUUUAGCUUUUAGAAUGAUUUUUCUCUGUGUUUAGACAGAGAACAAUUUAUACACUAAAUUAAAUUGAAUUACAAUGUCUGUUUGGUUAAAUUUUCAACUGAGCUGGAUUUAUCUUUUCUAAAAGUGCUGCUCAUAGCAUCUUCUUUUUGCUUUUCCCUGUCUUGCUUUUAAUAGGAGAUCAAUUCUCAUAACACUUUCAGCCAAAAACAAGAUAGGCUUCAUAAAUGGGGUAUGUGAGGAGCCAAAACCAGAUGCACAAGAUCACCCUCAAUGGAGCAGAUGCAACUUCAUGGUGACUUAUUGGCUUCUGAAUUCUUUAUCCAAGGAGAUAGGUGUCAGUGUCAUCUAUUCAACAUCUGCAAAAAUUUUGUGGAAUAGCCUUGAACACAUAUUUGGACAAACUAAUGGAGUCAAGUUGUACCAACUGCAAAAGGAAAUAUCAAUGUUAGUUCAAGGAGUUCAAGGUAGGGCUCCACAGAGAAACAACAACCAGUCACAACAAAAGUCAUGGAUUAACUCACAAAAGGUUAAUAACACACAACAGAAACCUAAGGGAAGGAAAGCAAAAUUUAAUCCUAAUGUGAGCUGUACACAUUGCAUGAAAAUUGGGCAUGUCAGGGCAGACUGUUACAGGAUAAAUGGGUUUCCAGAUGAUUUCCAAUUCACCAGAUCAACACAAGUCAAGGCUAAUGCUAUAAUUGAGGGACAAGACAAUGACAAUGGGAGCACUCAGAGCAAUGAUGCAACACCUCAAACUCAGUUUUUCAGUAAGGAACAGGUGUCUGAGCUGAUGAACCUAAUCAAGCAGGCACAAUUUGGAACUACAGCAACACCAUGAACUGCAAUCAAUGCAAAUGCAGUAGCUGGUCCCUUUAAUAAGGAGGGGACAAGUUUUUGGUGAAUUAAGAGAAGGAUUGUACCUGCUAGAGGCUAGCCCACCUAAGAAGGAUUCUCGUUCUAGUUUAAAUACCAAUGUAUUUUCAAUUCCACAAGAAAGUAAUUCCAUUCUAGUUCCUAGUGAAGUUUCUUGUUCUGUUUAUAAUUCCAAUACAGAGGAUUCUAAUGUACUCCAAUGGCAAGUUGGAU